UUUAAAUGCUGAUUAAGAUGGAAUGGAACUUAUAUAAAGUCUUCAACAUAUUCGCUUAUGACACAAUGGAUAAUUCUGUGUACAAUUAAUGAACGAUGAAGAAUUGGAAAGUCAACAAUGGCGGACGAUAUCGUUAAUGAAAAGAGUUCGUUCGUGUUUGAGAACAAUUUCGCAGAGGGGGAGGAGGAAGAGGAUGGCGGCGUGGGUUACGUUAGUCAAUUUGACGAAAAAGAGCAGAAGAACGGACAUGUAUCUUCUCAAAUUCAAAGCGGAAAACAUGACAACGUAAACGAUGAAAGCAAAGUGACAAAGGAUUUUUGCGAAAAUCACAGAGAUGGUAAAAUAUCUCCAGUAGAAAUCAAUGGUCAAGACAAUGAUUUCUGGAAAUCUUUUUCCUCGCCUGGAGCAAGGCCGCCUGACAUUCUAGUGAGCAGGGCGGAAGGCAAAAACAAAGUAGCAAGCUUACAAGAACCUGAAGUUCUUAACAACGAAACAGGGAUGUCAGACAAAACUGGACAGGACCCGGAUAUAUUCUUAGAGGAGAACAAUACCUGGACAUUGACUGAGCUUGAUAUGAAAGCUUUCAAGAUGAAAAGGCGUAAGGGAAAACGUACGAAUCCAGCACCUACAGACGUUUUACACGCUGAUGUGGAUGGGAAGGAAUUCAAACUACCGAAGCUUAAAAAAAGGAAUAUUCAAGGGAAAGGCAAGGCCAGUGCAAAACCUAAUACGUUCCUAAUGACGCCUUUCUCCAUCGUGUCCAAAUUAACCAAAUCUUCAGCAACAAUGGACAUGAUGUUAGAAUCAGCGAAAAGUAUGGGGCUUCCAACCUCUAUGCCAUGUAUGCAGUGCUAUGAAGAAUACGGUCCAAAAGGCUUUAUGAAAGGAGGGGCCGAUGGUAAAGGAGAAAACCCUUUUUAUGACUAUGGGGAUGAAGGCGCCGACAAUGGAAGAUGCAAAAAAUGCGGAGGUCGUGUUAUGACACUCAAAGAAAUGAUCAAGACCAUGACCGAACUACAGAAGGUCAUGGAGGAGAAGAACUUUGAAAUCCACGACGUUUAUCCGGACGGAAACUGCUUUUUCACAGCCGUGGUUGAUCAAUUAAAUGUUCAAGGAGAACGUGGUUUUGAUGCAGAUGAAUUGAGACUAGCAGCCGUGCAGUUUCUUAGCGACAACCCGAAUGCGGAAGGCGACACUCCGUUGUCCGACUUUCUCACCUAUGAAACAUGGGGCAAAUACUUAUCAAGAAUGGCAUGUGAUGGCGAAUGGGCGGAUCAUAUCGUUAUAACAGCUGUAGCAGAGGUUUUGAAAAAGACAAUAAUCAUCUAUGGAGGGAUGACUGGUCAACAGAAAGCGGAAAUAUGCCCAAAGUCUGCAAAGGAUGCACCUGCCUUGUAUCUGGGUCAUUUGGGAGAAUCGCACUACGUAAGCUUAAGACCUAAAGGGAAAAUAAACAUAGGGGAGAAAAGUGAUGACGAGGCCUCGUCUGUGGCAGAUAGCGACACAAAUUCAAUAAGUGCACCUGCCUUGUACUUGGGUCAUUCGGGAGAAUCGAACUACGUAAGCACAAGACUUAAAGGGAAAAUAAACAAAUGGGAGAAAAGUGAUGACGGGGCCUCGAAGGUGGCAGACAGCGAUCAAAUUAUAAGAAGUAUGAAACAUUCCCCUUUGAAGCACAUCAAUUUCAUUUUCCGCUAUAUCAUUCAAAAUGGCUACGUUCAGUCAGAUGCGGAAUCAAUCGCCAAAAUCUGGCGCCCAACAUACGCCGAUCAAGAAACGUUCAAACUAGAUAUCGUAGGAUCAUUUAUUGUAUACAUGGCGCCUUCCUCCAGCUCAUUCACGGAAAUUUUAAGUAAGCAGCGGCAAUUAGAUAGUCUUCAUCCCAACGCUCCGACAAGCAAGAUAGUGCCGCUUCUUUACAUUCCAAAAGAUACCCACGCAUGUUUUAGUGCAAGCACAGCACAACACUCGGACCUGGUGGUUCAUGGUGACAUUUGCAAAGGACCUAUCAAACUUUCUCCGGUUCGAUCAAAGAGAUGGAAAGGCCAAAUAGAGCACCAAGGUGGUAAAGCCUAUUUACAGCACAUAGAAAUAGAUUUGGACGUAUUACCCCCUUAUUUGUCCAUGGCCUGUACGCAUGCAAUGAGCGCUGGUCGAUGCGCUUCAUUACUGAUGGCUUUUGCGAUUGAAUGGCCUGCGGAGUCUAUGGAAUGGAUUAACAGAAAACGAGAGAGUGGAUUUCCAAAUAAAACGUUAGUGAACCAUAUUGUAAGAAACGGUUGCCACUUGAUUCCUGCGUUUUCGGAUUCAGCUUUAAACGAGAUCAUAGACGAUUAUAUCGUCAAAGAAAACUUCACGAACUGGACAUUUACCUUUGCCAGUGCAGAAAAAAAUCUUUGUGAAUACCUACCAACUGAAAACAGGACAUGUUUUCUUCUGUUCAAAGCAUUUGUAGAAGUUACGUUUCAAGGCAUUGCUUUACCAAACUCGAUCCCGACUAGCGUAUUUCUUUACGCGUGCGAGGUAAUGAAAUCAAGGGAUUGGGAAAACCAACCAGGACGGUCCGUGUACAUACUCCUGAAAAAGCUUCUGUUUGGAUUUCAAAGGAAAUGCAUACCCCACUACUUUAUGCCGAGUAAGAAUCUUCUGUUUCAAGUUCCUGACGAGACGAUUGCCUCAUGUUUUCAGAAACUGAUGUACACGUUUGUCAACCCAAUUGAGGCCAUGCAGCGAUUAUUCAAAUUCUUGCAGUUAGAUUCUUCAAGUUUGAAAUCUACCAUUGAAGAGAUUAUCAUUGAUAUGGAAUUAUUUGCAGAAAAUGGCGAUUUCAAACAUUCGUUCACCAACAUUUUGUAUCCUCUGUUAGCUUUUUCAAUCCAAAGCAUGAUACAGCGAAGGACAUAUGUGACGGCAUGUGAAGCUUUGUUACAAUUGCAAACAGAUGUGGAAGAAACAUAUGGUCACGGGUGUGAAAUGAGCAGCAUCAUACUGCAGUUGAUUGAAUCUACUGAUAUUAGAACGCAAUGGUGUUUUGGAUUGUGUAUUGAUAUCUCGCUUGGAACCACUAUCACAAAGACAAUAUGUGAAGGCAAACCCGCGAUACAUAUCAGCGAAGUGUUCGGCCCAGAUGCACCGAACGUUUUGCUUGACACACUAAUUCCCGAACAGGCACGCGUAGACAAUGGCGACCUUACCUUCCCGGUCAGAAUUGUUGACGUGCUUUUAGAUCUUCAGAAUUACCAGGCGAUUGUAAAAUUGCUGAAAUACUACAUCACAAUAUACGAGACAAAGGCUGGCGAUUCCAAUUGUUUGCCUGUCGCUGAUUAUGAAACGCAAUCUGCAAUCAUUCAUCAAUCUCAUGGAGGUCUUUCGACGCAUUUUCCAAUUAAGAUUGAUGUAUUUGGCGCCCUAACUUCAUUGCUAGAAUAUUUGUACGUCAAACUCUUCAACGCCUGUCUAUAUUCAAAGCAGGUACAAGAAUUUAGAGUAUUUUUCCCCAAGUACAAGGCGCUGGUUGAAAAUGCUGGUUUAACUUCAUUAAGUAAGAGAAACCUGGAAGUCAUGGAAACAGCUCUGGAAGGAAGACAAAGACCGCCUGACAGCAUGAUGCGUAUGUUCUUUCCCCAGUAAAAGAGGUUGAGGGGUUGCCAACAGUGUCUGCGGUUCAUGAAAUGCUCGUCAUCAGUAACUUACCAAUUCUUUAGAGCAGCAUAUGUUUACACAUUAUAUCGCAUGAUUAGCCUACACAUGGUAGGUUUCGUGGGAGAGUUUUCUAUCUGCGAAUUUUGUGCUGUAUUGAUAUUACAUUUUAAGAAACCAAAGGAGAACCAAAAUGGGGCUAUCAUAAGAUAGAGAGAUAAAUACGGACGAGAGUAUCCAUCAUGAGCCAGAAAUGUUAACAUGCAUGGUUAGGGUUUGAGAGAAAAUUGAUUGUUUAUGCAUGAUUACUUUGUACGGGAGUUUGGCUGACGUGUUACUUGUUCAUCGUCUAUAUGCAAUGUGUUUGAUUAGACUAAGUGCAUUGUAUUGCCUGCUUUCGUUUGAAUGUGUUUUAUAUACUAGAAGAGUACUUUUUCGCAAUGAUCACCGUUGACAAACAGUGACGAUGUCACCCACCAAUAAGGAAAACUAAGCAAAAUUUAGCUAUGCAAUAUUUUAAAUGUUAUUUUUUUCUGAAAAUUAAUUGAAAAUGGAUUGGGUUCAGUGACCUCAAACUUCGUAACCAUGUUUGUGACGACUAGCAGAUGACCCCUAGUUAUAUUUUAUUAGAGUAAGUCGGGGUCACGGUGACCUUGAGCUGUAAAACGUCUCUGGAAACAGGUUAUUUUUCACAUGUUUAUCUAAAAUUGAAAUGGACGACUCAUAUUAUGCAUGUCUGGUCAAUAAGGCUGUUGUUUUGUUGUUGUUGUUGACAUGCACGGUGUUGUUUGUGGAGUUUUGUGCUGUUGUACCAUGUUUCUUGUUUGAGAUUUUUUUGUGUUCUAUAUCUUUGGCGUUUAUCCUGUGCCAUUAAACGGGGUUUAUUUUUAAACUGUUGGCUACUGAGCUUGUUUCUGUAGUUUUUUCAUAUAAAUAUUGAAAUCGAUUUUCACUUUAAGCUUAUUUUCUCUUUUUCAGAUUGCAUUGAAAACAACAUUAAAGCUUUUUAUAGAAUCUUUGCCUUUUCAUAGUUUGAAGCAUUUAUGCCUUUGAUUUGGUUUUACAAUUCUAUGGGGUUUUUUUAUUAUUAUUGCUCAAGAUUCAAUGACUUAAUGUUUGUACAAAUCGUAGUUCACAGCAUUAUUUGUUCAUCCUUUGCUAAUAUUAAUACAAAUUAACAUUGGUUUUAAUUUGUAUGUAUCUUAAAGGUCAAGGUCACAAUUUGAAGUCAAUGUCGGGCAAAACAUCGUAUCUCAGUCAUGACGUUUAACAUGACGUUUAACAUGAUAACCGGAAUUGAAGCAAUCUCAACAGUAAUGUAGAGCACCUCUUGGUUGCAUACGUUGAGAUA